GCGCAUAUCGGGAGCGCGCCUGGAGGCGGUCCGGGGCUGCCUCGCGUCGCUGUAAUCGCUUUCCUGCCGCUGCUACCUCCAGUUAAAUAGCAAGGACACGGGAGCGAGCGAGACGACGGCCGUGCGAGGAUACACUUUUCUCGGUACCUUGGGGAUUACGACGCCGAAUUGCAGCAUCGACGGCCAGCCGGCGAGGGCCCACAAUGUCCAGCGAAGUGCAGAGACCGGACGACAGCCCCAGCACGAGCGGGGGCAGCUCGGACAUCGAACAAAGGGAAACGGUACCGCCUGAGCAGGAGCGAGAGCAGGCACAGCCCAAGAAGAAGGAGACCAAGAUCUCGAGUAAAACCGCUGCUAAACUUUCAACCAGUGCCAAGAGGAUCCAGAAAGAACUGGCAGAAAUAACAUUAGACCCGCCUCCCAACUGCAGCGCCGGCCCUAAAGGGGACAACAUCUACGAGUGGAGGUCGACCAUCCUGGGCCCGCCGGGCUCCGUGUACGAGGGAGGGGUCUUCUUCUUGGACAUCGCCUUUACACCUGACUACCCAUUCAAACCCCCCAAGGUAACGUUUCGCACGAGGAUCUAUCACUGCAACAUCAACAGUCAGGGAGUGAUCUGCCUGGACAUCCUGAAGGACAACUGGAGCCCCGCCCUCACCAUCUCCAAGGUGCUGCUGUCCAUCUGCUCGCUGCUCACAGACUGUAACCCAGCCGACCCUCUGGUGGGAAGCAUCGCCACACAGUACCUGACCAACAGAACAGAGCAUGACAGAAUAGCUAAACAAUGGACGAAGAGAUACGCUACAUAGACCCCCUGCUGCGGACCCCCACCCUCCCGCUUCCUCCUCCUUCAUCGCUGAACCUCACUCUACCUCUCACCCUUUGUAUGUCAAAGCACACUCACUAAGUGCAACAGUGAACCUGCCCUCCUGUUAUCACCCUUCUCCUCCUUCUCUCCCCCCCCCCCAUUUUAUCUACCUUUUCUGUGCAAAAAUAAGAAAACUUUAAAAAAAAAAUGUUCUUUGUUCCUUGUUGACUUGAAAGCUUCUUUUUUAUACAAAGAGUAGAUUGGGAUUUUUAUUUUCCAAUAUCUGAAUGUUGGAAGUAUUGUAUUGGAGAAAAAAAAAAAAA